AUUGCCUCAACCCAAAAUCAAACCAAUAUCCACCAAAAACAAAAUUCCCUCUCCUCUCCUCUCUUGCACACGCAGACACACAGUCUCGUCUCCUUCGAGCUUCUGCGUGAAAGAAAGAGAAAGAUGGGUACGAUAAACCAAGCAAUAAGCUUGUUUGAUGAACCACAAAACAUUAUAAACCCUAAUAAUACUAACCAUCUAGGGCUUUUAUUCUCUUUCCCUAAUCAAACACUAUCUUCAUCAUCUUCUUCGUCUUCAUCUUCUCCAUUUCUAAGUCAUCACUCCUUAAACUCCUUCCUUCACAAUAAUUCCUCUUCCUUUGUUAUUAAUCCUCAAGAUCCAAUCAAUGUCAUGGCGAAUCUUCCGGAAACCCUAAUCUCGAUCUCUUCUUUAUCUUCACCAAAGCAAAGGGAUGUUCAUGAUGGUAUUGUUAAUACUGAUCAUCAUUGUCUUACCAGUGGUAUAUCAUCUCAAAGACCCUCUUUAAAUCCAUGGGCAUGGAGUAGUCAAGCAGGAUACCACGGAUACAGCAAGAAAAACAACCAUGUAACUGAGAUUGAUAAUGAUGUUGGUGAAGGUGGCGGUAUUAAUGAUCAUCAACAUCAUGAAACUCCUCCUCGUCAUAAGCAUACCACGAAGCCGUUAGGAGUAGUGCCUACCCUGAAGAUGAAGAAGCUUAAGACAAGAAGAAAAGUGAGGGAGCCUUGGUUUUGCUUCAAGACACUGAGCGAUGUUGACGUGUUAGAUGAUGGAUAUAGAUGGAGAAAAUAUGGCCAGAAAGUUGUCAAGAACACUCAACAUCCCAGGAGCUAUUACAGAUGCACACAAGAAAAGUGUAGGGUGAAGAAGAGAGUGGAGAGAUUAGCAGAUGAUCCAAGAAUGGUAAUCACUACUUACGAAGGAAGACAUCUUCACUCUCCUUCAAAUCAUCUCGACAACGACUCUCUCUCCUCCUCUCACCACUCUCCUCUCUCCAACUUCUUCUGGUGAUAUUCUGAUUUUUUUUUUAAUCUAGAACGAAUCAAUCAGUUGAUCCCAAAAAAAAAAAACGAAUCAAUCUUACGUCGAACUAAUCAUCGAUAUAAUUAAUCAAUAUCUGCAUAAAACUAAGAAAGGGGAAAUAACAAUGUACAUGUUAUCCCUAAGAAAUAGGUACGAUGAUGUUAUUUAAAAACAUGUGUAAUGUGUUUGUGUGGUGGUUUAGGUUUGUGUUUUG